AUGUUCCUCACGGCUCAAAAGGUCGGGGCUGUUGUGGAGAAGGAGUAUAAGGGUGAAUCUUUGACGAUUACACUACAGGAUGGAUCGAUGGCCGGCCAAACGGCCAAUAACGAUGAUAUCUACCCGGAAAUUGAUAAGAAAGAGAAAGAAAUGAACGUGGGACUCAGUAAAGGAGCAAAGGACAAGAAGGGAGUGGAUAAUGACGAAAGGAAGCCGAGGACGCUGGAAGAGAUGAUGGUGGAAGCGACUGGACUUCGGGCUAAGUUCGAGCAAUUUGAGAAUGUGUGGAGUGCUUGA